AUGGAAAACGAUAAAGGUCAAUUAGUCGAAUUAUACGUUCCAAGAAAGUGUUCUGCUACCAACAACAUCAUCAAAGCUAAGGACCAUGCUUCCGUUCAAAUCAAUGUUGCCAAGGUCGAUGAAGAAGGUAGAGCCAUCCCAGGUGAAUACAUCACGUACGCUUUAUCCGGUAAGGUUAGAGGUAGUGGUGAAGCCGAUGACGCUUUAAACCGUUUAGCUCAAAACGAUGGUUUAUUAAAGAACGUCUGGUCUUACUCCCGUUAA